GCAUGGCAGAUGCUUCCAUGUGCGUGGCAUGCAGUUUGUGGUGCCUCAUACUGCAUAUGCACUCUCAUCUAUAUGUGCCCUCUGACACUUUUUGCAGAUCUUUCCUGCUACGAGUAGACUAGUGAAACUGUCCCUUUGCUUAUGUUCCCCCUAGCAACAUGAUGAAAAAAGUGUGUUCAUUCCUGGAGAAACUUACUACUGUUAUAGUUUCUGGACCUGGAUGCUACAGUGACAGGCACAGUGAAAAAGCAUACCUGGUUACGUGGACUGGUAUUCACAUCGAAGGUCAUGGUAAUUAAGUAUUAUCCAUGGGGCCGAGCUGCACAGACAACGUUCCUUACCCUUUACACAGUUGUUCACACUGUUCCUUUUCCUGAAGCUGAGAACAGAGCAUGCAUCUUGUGGUUAGGAAGUUCUGAAUCACAGUGGAACCAAUGCUGUUUUUUUCAAUGGCAGUAGUAGGCUGUAUUACUUCAGCUACCUUAUUCUUUCCUGGUUACUUAGUUUUUAUCCAGCAUUCAUUUACACAUGAUAUACUCCGUUAACUCUGCAUGGUCUGUGCUGUCUCCAGAUCAUGCCAACAGAAGCAUAGUCACGCUGGCAGAUGACACUGACUUCAUGUUCAGCUGAUAGUGCAGAAAAGCAACACAGGUGGUAGGGUGGGUGUGGGAGGAGAGUUCUUGCCAUCUAAAAGAGACAAUCACAUGCUAGCUCAGCUUGUGUUCUAUGUGUGGAAUUCAGCUUUUGUAAAGCAUUGGCAUACACAUCAGAAAGUGAUCAUCCAUACCUAUGAUCUUGCUGCCUAAAAUAGAUUCCAAACAAUAAGCAGAGUCCUCUUGUUAAUCCCCAAAAGGGCCAGAAACUGGCUUCUUCAGCUUGGAUAAGUUGAUGCAAGUGGUGCUAAAGCAAAAUGCAUUUGAAAAAUGACGACUUAAAGCGUGUCUUUCAAUUAUGGAUGUUAAAAUGGGGAAGGUCACUGCUUUGCUUCCUUGGAAGUGGGAUGAAAAGUGAGAGGGAUGUAAAGGCUCUGGUCACUUCAUUGUAUGGAAGAGUACUUAAAGCAGAGUGGUCCAAAAACAGCUUACAUAAGUCCUCUGUAAUUGUCUCCGAGUUGACCUAGUUCUGGAUUUGUUUUUAAAGUGCAUUUUCUGUUGUCUGAGGCCCUGAACAGGCCAGACCCUAGUUCUCUUAACAAUUGCUUCUCUCUCUCUCUCUCUCUCUCGUGAUGGUUGCGAUCUGUUGGGAUGGUGUAGCUGACAGAGCUUACUGUGAAACUUGAGGGUUGGGAGUGAAACCUUCUAAGAAGAAAUCCCUCCCAUCGUUGAACUCUAACCAGGGCACUUCACAGAGUUCCUGGAUGAGUUUUCACAGGAUGUCCUAGGCCACCUUUUGAAUGACCCCUUCUUGUCUGAGAAAAAUGAGAUGAUGGAGGUGGAGCUCUCCCCGGCUUCCCCAGCUCCUCUCAUCCAGGCAGAACACAGUUACUCCUUGUGUGGAGACUCUCGCCCCCAGUCACCCCUGACCCACAUAUCAACUGAUGACAACUUCAAUGAAGCUGAUCUGGAAAAUGAGGAAUGGUGUCUGAGUGCAGAGUUGACUUCAUCAUCCAUAAAGACUGAACCGGUAUUGUGUGAGGCCUCAGGCCUUACACCUUCAGUCAGCCUCAAUGUCAUACCCACGUCGCUGGAAGGUGAAGAUGACCAGACAGAUGACACGAGUAAACCAUUGAGCCAGAAAGUUCUUCCAGAGAUUAAACUGGAGCCACAUGAAGUGGAUCAAUUCCUGAACCUCUCUUCUAAGGAAGCAGUGAAUUUGCACUUGCCUCCAACCCCUCCCAGCAGCCAUGGCAGUGACUCUGAGGGUGGGCAGAGUCCAACCAGAUCCCUUCCUCCAUCAAGCCCAAUCCAACUACAAGCCACAGCUAAAGUGACCUCACGUGCAGCUUCAUCCCUCUCCAAUUCCCCCCUCCUGACAGCACCACAUAAACUUCAGGGGACAGGUCCACUGAUCUUGACAGAGGAGGAGAAGAGGACUCUGAUAGCAGAGGGGUAUCCUAUCCCUACAAAGCUACCCUUGACAAAAGCAGAGGAAAAAGCACUGAAGAAAAUCCGCAGGAAAAUAAAAAACAAGAUUUCUGCCCAGGAAAGUAGAAGAAAGAAGAAAGAAUACAUGGACAGCCUGGAAAAAAAGGUUGAGUCCUGUUCCAAUGAAAACAGUGAGCUGCGUAAGAAAGUGGAAGUCCUAGAGAACACAAACAGGACACUCCUGCAGCAGUUGCAGAGACUUCAAGCCAUGGUUGCUGGCAAAGUGUCUCGAUCUUGUAAAGUAGCCAGCACACAGACGGGGACCUGUCUCAUGGUGGUGGUGCUGUGUUUUGCAGUCAUUUUUGGCAGCUUCUCCCAGAGUUAUGGACCUUAUCCCUCUGCCACAAAGAUGGUGCUGCCAAGCCAGCAUUCCACUCCAGAGUCGUACACAGCCUCCAUUGUACGAUCAAGGAGUCUGCUAAUUUACGAAGAGCCCCACCAGUUGGAGGAGCAUUCCAAUCCGGUUCCUGCAGCAGAUCACAGCAGUGUCUGGGACAGGCACACAGAUGCUUCCAAGUACACGGCAGUGUCACUGGAAUCGGUGCCAGGGACACAGCAAGAUGAAAUCAUGCAGUUCACAAUAGCCAAUGAAACGAGAUUAGAGAAAUCAGUGCUGCUGGAGCUUCAGCAGCACAGGGUUAGUUCAGAACUUGAGGCAAAUGAAACACUGAAAAUAAUUGAAAUUGACAGAAGAGUCAAUGCCACCUCUUAAAAGAGGCCUUUUUUCCUGCUUCCUGCCCCAUCUUUCCAACCAAAGUACCCCAACUUGUCACCCUCAGUGAACCAAAGGGCAAAAGAGAGGCAGUCUGCUGACUUCUGAACUGGCUGGAGAUGCUGCAACUUCAGUCAGCAACCAUUGUCCUUAUUCCUCCACUUCUCCCCUCCCUUUUCCUCCCCAACACCACACACACAUCUGUUUUUGCUUUUAUUCCUCUCCCUGACUAAGAACGCAAGGGGAAGGACUGGAUUGUAAGGGCAGCUGGUGUCAACAAUGUACAGGUGUUUGGUUUGUGUGUGCGCUAGUCAAGAGGGUGGAGAUAUUGAAUAGGGGAGUAGAACAAAUGUAACCCACAGGGACGUGUGCAUGGUAGGUCACUUGGGAGAAGGAAGAUGAGAGAAAUAAGUGGGCAUAAGAUGACACUGCUCCGAAUUUGGCUGCAGCUCUGUGCCCACCAGUCAGUAGCACUUGAGCUUUAUGGGGGAGAAGGAGUAGAGAGAUGCCACAGUCCCCAUCUGAAGGCAGGAAAUAUUGAUGCUUUUGACUUAACAGCACAGACAGGAAAAGCUGGUAUGUUGGCCAUGAGGAUUUCCCUGCCUCUUUUCCUGUUCUCCGUCUCCCCUGUAUCACUUGGUGGAUAAGGUUUCUCUACUGGUGCCAUCCUUUUGAAGGAUCCAAGUAAAGAUCAGUUAGUUAGUUCCUGUACCUUUUCUGCCCCUGACUACAUGAAAGAAUUGCACCACUUUAACACAGUUGUUUGAGAAAGUGAUCUGUGCAACCCCUUCAUGUGGAUGCUUUUAAGUCUGUUUAAGACUAGCAUAUUUUUAUCAGUUUGCCUCACUUGAUGGAAGCUGAAUCGCUGUGAGGCUCUCUUAAAAUGAGACAUGAUGGAAUUGCAAAGAUUUAAGUAAAUUGUUUUUUAAAUGCAUUAAGAUGUACCAAUUACACUUUCUCAUGUAGGCGAAGCCUCAAAUUGCUCCAUAUUCUUCCUUUUUCCCUAUUUUCCCAGUACUGUUGUAAAUAGUAUUUAUUAGCUUUCCAACACUUUCUCUGGCAGCCAGGCUGAAGAGAGCCAAGCUCCACAACCUCUAUGAAUGCCUUUGAACAUAAGAAUGCAAAAUUACUGCUGUUGUAGUUUUCUUGAAAUAAUGAUUAGGAAGUACUGAGACUCUAUUUUCCCUCCUUCCCUUCUGUGGGGGUGCAUGGACAUACAGCAGCCAGGUAGAGCAAAGACCAGGGUUAUGUCAUCCCAAUGCAAUAGAAUUUGGGUCAGAACAGGCCUAUUAUGCUAGGCACAGUACAACCCAUAAUGUGAGACAGACCUUGUCCUGAGGAGCUUAGUCUAUGUAGACAAGACAGGGAAAGGAGAGGGCAGAAAUGGAGGGGAAGUGAUUGGCCCAAAGUCAGUGGCAGCUGCAGCGAUAGCAGUCAAAUCUCCUGACUCCCAAUCUCGUGCCUCUCCACUCGACUGUCUUGAUUCUAAAGCACCUAUAUUGUUCCCUUUAACAUGCACUGCCUAGACUGGUCAAUCCUCUCUCAAUGCUAGUUUUGCUUUUGUUUGGGGUUCCCUUUUCACUCUCAUUCAUCCUUUCAGAAAGAGCCAGCUCUCCCAGUGAUUGCUGCUGGGGUUUACUUUACACAGACAUGCUAAGUGUGGUGGGUUUGAUCUAAAACUCCGAAUGGAACAGGUUAUUUUGGCUACUUUGCAGUUGACCAACAAGAUAUAACUAAAAACAUUAAAAACAAAACUACCCCCCCCACCCUUUUCCAGUAUGAAUAAGGGAAACCUAGUUUAGCUUUAUUUUUUUAAUGUGUAAAGUAAAUAUUUCUAAUUUGUAAAAUUUUUUCAGACCCCUCCGCCUUGUUUUUGUAUUAUAGCUGCAAUUCUGCCUCCUUUGCAUUUCUUAGGUAUUUGUCCUCUCUUUGCUAUCGCACCUUUUCCCCGUGGGCCUGAUCCAAAGCCCAUUAAAGUUAAAGGAAAGAAUCCUGUUGACUUAGGCUCCAUCUCAGUCCCCACUGUGCCAUGUUCAGACAUGUUUCAAAUGGGUGAGUAUGGAACAUACAUCCUAGUUCCGUUGCUAGAUAUUGGGAUUUGUGUAUGCAGUUGAUGCAUACAGCUUUCUCAGUUAAACCCCAGUUUUAUCUGUACAGGUGCCUUUCUUCACUUUGGUGUUAACGAGACACACAUACUGUUGUAAUCAACUACUAAGUAGGUUCCUUCUGGUCAUUGUUGGUCAGUGUUGCUUCUGAGGCAUAUCUACUCUUUAUUAAGGGCUGGCUGGGACAGCUAUGAUCAUUCAGUUGGGCUUUCUAGGCAGGUCUAAUAUCCACAAGCAACCAAUGCACAGCUGCCCUUUCUGGAACUGUGGUUUAAGGUACCAGCAUUAAAAGGAGAGAAGAAAUAGUAGUGUAAGUGGGGGCAUGAAUGAGACCCAAAUGGUGGCUGCAUUUUGACCACCUGAGGUCAGCAAAGUGAAGGAAAAAAACCUUUGUCAGAGACUGACUGCAUUGGAUGUAGGACACCCAAGGACAACUGGGAAGGCAUGAGUCAGUCAUUUGAGAAUUCACAGAGGAUCUGGUUUCCAGAGCCCUGUUCCUGCCCCAGCUCUGCUUGGCUUUGAGUGAAAAUAUGACUGCUUAGUGUUUUGGCAAACUGGGCCCUAAAUUCUUGAUUGUUUUUGGGAUUAUUUUACAAAUCUGUUUCUCUUGUGAAAUGUGGAGCAGCAGGUGGAGGCUGAUUUGUCUAAUCUCUCUUGUGCCCAUUACUUUACUUAAUGAACAAGUUAGCUGCCAUUAAAGGGAUGCUGCUAACAGUUUAUCUAUCUAUCUAUCUAAAUUCAUUCUUAUUUUUAAAAACACUUAUGACUAUUAAGACAAUUUCACAAAAACUUGUGUUCUAAUCAUCAUUAAAGCUGUUUGUUUCCUCUUUGCAAUUCUCUCAGAUUGGGCAUACUAAUCUAAUUUUGAGGGGUGUGACAUCUUUAUUUGAUAUUGGCCUCUGUCUGAGUCGGGCUACAGGAUUAGAUUGCCUGAUCUAUCAGGGAAGUGCUUGCAUUCCUAUGAUAAAGUAGCAGUUCUCUUCCCAUACCCUCUGCACCUCAGCCUUGCCUACUGUAAAGUCCCAUGCCCCAAACAUGCCCCUCUUCCCCAGAGACAGUUGAAGCCAUACCCUGUAUCCAGCAUGGGGACAAAAGUGAGAAAACGCAUUCCACAGCUUUGUUGUUGGCUCAACAAUUCAUGAGUGACCUCUAUCUGAAUUCUGGUUCAGUGUAACAGCACAUUAAUAGGAAUUCUUUACACGUUGGGUUUGGUAUGCAGUAAGCAGGAAGAUCCAGGAUGCAGGUAGCUUUAAGAACUUGGCUGUAUUACAUGCUAUCUUAUCUCUCUGCCAAUAUACAUUAUAGCAAUUGAUAGUCUUUUGGGUGAAAUCUAUUCCCCCUCCCCCCCUACCCACCCCUGCACAAGAUGAGCUGAAGUCUUAUUUAUACAGCACUUAAAUCUCUACAGACUGUUUAAGUUUCUAUGGAAUGCUUAAGUUUUGCUUCAACCCAGAGGACUGAAGUGGUCCCCACUGGCUUACGCUGUUUUAUAUAGUCCUUGUGCUGACUCAAAGCUGGCUACAUGGAACCUCUGUAUUAAACCAGAUUUUUAUAUACCAAUAAACUUAGCUUUUCUCUUAUUGCUUUCAAA